AAUAAGACAAGAGUCGACGACAUUUUUAUUUUUUUUGUCGACGUUUAACUGUUGUAUCACAGGAAGAAGCAAUGUGAACUGUCAGUUGUCAUUUUUUGAAUUAGUUUAGCAAACUGUGAGCUUUUGUAGUUCUUUCAUUCUAACAUAGAUCUCUAGUCAAUACAGCAAUAUUUCCUUGUUCGUGAAUCACAGUGAUAAGCUGUUUCGAAGGCGUAAGGGGGGGAAACGCAGGGGACUUCAAGGGUUUGCUAGUUCCAAUAUAAGGCCAGCGUAAGAAACUAAACAUUUUUCUUUUUGGCGUAGUCAUGAACUACUGGCAAAGUCAAAACCAAAGUCCUGUGUGUCAUGAACUACUGGGAAGGCUCUGAUCAGAGUCUUGCUACUGCUGUUGUACAAGUUUAUAUGGCAGUCCCAACAGAUAGAGAUAGGUGGACAAAGCAGCAUGUUGGGGUUGCCACAUUAUCAAAGGAUAAUGGAAAAAGAACCUACUUUCUCAGAGUUGUUGAUUUAUUGAGUAAAAUGGUGGUAUGGGAACAAGAACUGUACACAAAUUUUACUUAUCAUGCUGCUUGUCCCUACUUUCAUGUUUUUGAAGCAGAUUCAUGCAAUGCAGCAUUCAAUUUUGCAAGUGAAAGGGAAGCAGACAGGUUUAGGGCCAGGCUAGAGGACAGAUUGAAAGCAAGGGAACAAAGGAAAAUAGACAGGAAACAGACUCGCAAAGCUCCAGCUCCACCAUCAUUGGCAGACAGAAAUGACAAUGUUUUGAAGCCAAUAAAUUCAAAUACGGAGCCACCACCAAGAAGUCCUUCGCCUGCCCAAAAUGUAACAUCUUCUCAAGGAGGCAAGAAGAAAGGGGGUAAAAAUGACAAAAAGAAGAAAACAAAACUUUCAAAAGCAGACAUUGGUCUACCUUCUGAUUUCAGGCAUGUAGGGCAUGUUGGCUGGGACCCAAAAGGAGGAUUUGAUGUUAAUAACAUAGAUCCAAAGUGGAAGAAACUUUUUGACAGUGCUGGUAUUACUGAAAAAGAAUUGGAGGAUGAAGAGACCUCCAAAUUCAUUUAUGAUUUUGUGGAAAAGCAUGGAGGCAUAGAGAAAGCUGCUGCAGAAAUGGAGGAGUGUUUUAAACCACUUCCCCAACCACCAUCACGUGACGAUAGUCUUGUAGCACCGCCGCCACCUUCACGUGGGGCGCCAAGACCACCUCCAGGACGCGGUGUACCACCACCACCACCCCCUUCAAGAGGGAAUGCUCCACCACCACCACCUCCUUCAAGAGGCUCUAGUGCCCCACCACCACCACCACCCUCUCGUGGUGGUCCUCCUCCACCACCCCCACCAGGUAGAAGCGUUCCACAGCCACCUCGUGGACCACCAAUUGGUGGAGGUGCCCCCCCUCCACCACCACCACCUCCUGCAGCACCACCAGCCCCAUGUCCACCCCCGCCACCUCCGGUUGCAAUGGGUGGUGCCAGAAGCAAUGCCCCAGCUCCCUCUGGAGGAAGCGGAAGAGGUGCUCUCUUGGACCAGAUUCAUUUGGGGGCAAAGCUAAAGAAGACUGACAAUGAACAAAGAAAGUCUACUUCCGUUGAUGGUAGAGAUGCUCUUUUAGAUGCAAUUAGAAAAGGAAAAGAGCUUAAAGCGGUUUCCCAUGAUGAUGAUGCUUCAACAGAAGAGCCUGUUGGAAUGGCAGGAGCUUUAAUGAAGGCGUUGCAAGACAGGCAAAAGCAUAUUCAGUCAUCAGAUGAAGAUGACGAUGAGGAAGAGGACGAUUUCGAUGACGAAUGGUCAGACUAGUUGGUUGUUACAAGCUUAGUAAAAACUUGAGAGAAACAAUUUGAAUAACUUGAAUAAAUCCUUUGUAUAUCGUUUUACUUUCUCUUACAUAUAUCCAUAAAAAUAAACUGUGAUUAGUAAUAAGAAUAUUUAGAAGUGAUGGGAUACUUACUGAGAAGGUAGAGAAAAGAGGCAAAGCUGAAGAAAGUUUUU